AUGGCAUCCCACGUCCAAGCACAAAACAGCACCUACAAUAAUCCAGUCCUCUCAGGGUGGCAUUCCGACCCCUCGUGUGUUCUGGUAGGAGAUACGUUCUUCUGCGUAACCUCGACUUUCAUUUCUUUCCCAGGACUCCCAAUCUAUGCCUCGAAAGAUCUGAUCAAUUGGAAACAUGUCAGUCACGCCUGGAACCGCGACAGCCAACUUCUUGGCCUUUCUCGAAACACCACUGGUCAACAGGAGGGAAUGUUUGCAGCAACUAUCCGCCAUCAUGAUGGUCUGUUUUAUGUGGUAUGCGAAUAUCUCGGUAUACCAGGAGGACUUAUUGGCGUGAUGUUUAAGUCGGCGGAUCCUUUUGAUGAUGCGGCAUGGGCCGACCCUGUUAUUUUCCAUCCCAGUGGAAUUGAUCCCGAUUUGUUCUGGGACGAUGAUGGAAAGGUGUAUAUGGCGACACAGACAAUCAACAUCCAAGAAAUCAACCUUGAAACUGGAGAGCUCAGUCAACCGCCAAACAAUGUGUGGAAUGGAACAGGUGGAUCUUCACCAGAGGGCCCCCACAUCUAUAAGAAAGACGGAUAUUACUAUCUUCUCAUUGCUGAAGGAGGAACUGAACUUGGCCAUGCGGUCACCAUGGCUCGAGCGACUAAUAUCAACGGUCCUUACAUUCCAUAUGAGAACAACCCCGUUUUGACGAAUCGUGGUACCGAUGAAUAUUUUCAGACGAUCGGACAUGCCGACCUCUUUCAAGAUACUCAAGGGAAAUGGUGGGGAAUAUGUUUGACAACACGAUCAGGACCGGAAUGGGUGAUUUAUCCUAUGGGCCGCGAAGCUGCUCUCUUUCCCGUUACCUGGAAUGAAGGCGAAUAUCCUAUCAUGGAACCGGUUCGAGGCACCAUGAGUGGAUGGCCAAUGCCACCACCUACCCGUGAACUCCCAGGAACCGGCCCUUACAACUCUGAUCCCGAUGUAUAUGACUUCCCAGUCGGAGAACCACUUCCUAGAAAUCUUGUCCACCACCGUGUCCCAAGAGAGGGCAUGUUUUCCGUGACCGAGGAGGGAUUGAACAUUGUACCGAGUCGCAAUAAUCUGACAGGCACGCCACUUUCAACGGAAACUCCAGAACUUACUGGCCAACUUGGUGUGCCGUUUAUCGGACGCCGUCAGACUGAUUCUCUGUUUUCCUUCACCGUCGACCUGACUUUCACUCCAAAAGAAAUCGAACAGGAGGCAGGGGUCACCAUCUUUUUGACGCAAUUCAACCACAUUGAUCUUGGCUUGGUGCUUCUGAAGGGUGAGGGAGAGACAGAACCUGUACUAUCGCUUCGUUUCCGUGCAGAGGGAACCGGAACUCCUCCGGUACCGGUGAUUGUAACGCUACCAAGUGACUGGCCAACUUCGCCUAUUCGAUUGCAGAUUGAAACAAAGGAUAAAGAUACAUAUGCGCUAUCUGCAAUGCCAGUUGAUAUUCCAUACGCCAAAGUCACGGUUGCUACGGCGUCUGCUGGUCUGGUGAGUGGUGGAGCUGGUUCGUUUGUGGGAAGUUUGGUAGGUGUUUAUGCGACGUGUAACGGAGCUGGAAAGAGUGGACGGGCAGAAUGCCCCGCUGGUGGUGUGGCACACUUCAAGCGUUGGAGAUACAGCGGAUUAGCACAGUAUAUCACGGAAACCGAGUCUGUUCCUAGCUCAAAUAUCUCCCCAAGCUAG